UAAUCUUAAAAAAUACUUUUUUAACUGUUCUGAAUAAAUUUAUUGUUAUUAUUAACAUUAUUAAAUCGUAUUUAUAACAUAAAUAUGUCACUAUUUCUAAAUUCCGUGUUUCAUAGUUCAAAACAUAAUAAAUCUCUUUUUAGGUUAAUACAUAUUACACAAGUUAAUCAACUUUAUUCUCCAACUGCAUUGGGGAUAGAUGGCUAUCUACAAGCAAGAAAACGUACCAAAGAUCAAUUUGCAAAUUUCACAGACAAGUUCCGAUCAAAGAUAGAUGGUUUUGUUACUGAUCCUAAAAGUAUGAUAUUUACAGAGGAUUUAAAAAAUAUGGUGCAUAUGGCUGAACCAACAGAUUUAGAACUAUUGUUAAAUAUGAUUAAAAAAUUUAAUUCACAAUCUACUGAGUUUCGGUUUGGAUCUUUUGUAUUUGGUCCAGUGGUAAUGAGAAUGUUUCAUUUUCUGGAUGCACCAAGUGAAGCAAUAAAGUGUUUUGAGGAUCCCAGUAAUAGUGGUUUCUUUGAUCAGCUGGUAUCUUACCAUAUUCUACUUGAUUUACUUUAUAACCAUGAAAUGUAUGAUGAGAUGUACAAGGUUUUUGAGGUGGUAAAGGAAAAACAGCUUAACAUGACUAAAUUCCCAAAGUAUCCAGUUGUACUGAUUUUAGCAGCCUGCUACAAACAGAAUACUCCUCAGAGUCUGGAGUAUGCGUCGAACCUGUGGUCUGAAAUGACAAAUGUAGGCAAUGCACCACUGAGGAGAGCAUGUACAUUUUUUGCUGGACUGGCAUUGAAACAAGGCGCACCACAUAUUGCACUCGAGUCAAUAUCUGCACAAAAACAACAUUAUGUUACGGUUAGGAAUAUAAAGGCAAUGGCAUUAGCAGAUAUGGGCAGAUUAGACGAGGCACUGCGUGUGCUAAGAUCAGUUUUGAAUAUAGAUAUUCCAGAACAGAAAGACAAACAUACUUUCUUUGAGGAAACCGUGGAAAAAGUUCGCAAUGCUGUGGAAAAAUCAAGUAGCAAAGACAUCCAAAAAGAAUUUCAAAACAUUGUAACUGCAUUCGAGGAUAGAAAUCUUAUUGAUAAACAGACGUUAGACCAACUAAUAAACGCAGAAAUUACAAUCAAGAAACGUGACAGACUACCUUUCCAGCAGAAACGGUUACCUUUUGGACAUCGUCCGAAAAAUCGCAGUACAAAUUUAGCCUAGUUGAUAAAUAAUACAGUAUUGUAAUACGUAUAUGUAGUUUAGCUUAGUCUGAUACGUGGUUAGAUUGUUUGUUAUUUUUGCUUAGGAUACAUAAAUUUCAACAUUUUGUUUUGUACAUAAUAUUGUUUAUUCUAACGUAAUGAAUGCAAAAAUAAUAAUGGUACCUACUUUACAAAUGUUGUGUUCAUAAAUGACAGUUUAAUAUGUAUUCAUUCCAAGAUUGAUUUAUAAAAUACUACUUACUUCUCGGUUGUUUAUUUUUGAAGUGAACUAAUUUAUCUGUGUUACGUUGAAUGUAUUUAAAAUAAUAUAUUA